CAAACUCAUAACAACGAAAACCUCCCUCUCCCUCUUCGAGAAAUAGAUAUUUUCUCCUCUCUUUGAAAGAUUUGGAGAAUCUGAAGGGAGAAAUAAUCGCCGCCGGUGAGAUUUUCCGGUGAAGGAUGACGGCUCCAACAUGGGGUCGUGUCCGGCCACAGUGGGUAGUUGCUGUUUUAGCACUACUCGUUGGCUCGACAUUGGCCACUGAACCUUACUACUACAGCUCUCCACCUCCACCGCCUUACGAAUACAAAUCUCCACCGCCUCCGGUAAAGUCUCCUCCUCCGCCAUAUGAGUACAAAUCUCCGCCACCUCCGGUGAAGUCUCCUCCCCCACCGUAUGAGUACAAAUCGCCACCGCCUCCGGUGAAAUCUCCUCCGCCUCCAUACUACUACCAUUCGCCACCACCCCCGGUGAAGUCUCCUCCUCCACCGUAUUACUAUCACUCUCCACCUCCUCCGGUGAAGUCUCCUCCUCCACCGUAUGAGUACAAAUCACCUCCACCUCCGGUGAAGUCUCCACCACCUCCUUACUACUAUCAUUCUCCACCUCCUCCGGUGAACUCUCCUCCACCGCCUUACUACUACCAUUCUCCUCCACCGCCGGUGAAAUCUCCGCCGCCACCAUACUAUUACCACUCUCCUCCACCACCGGUUAAAUCUCCACCGCCACCAUACUACUACCACUCACCUCCACCACCCGUCAAAUCUCCGCCGCCGCCAUACUAUUACCACUCUCCUCCACCACCGGUGAAAUCUCCACCGCCACCAUACUACUACCACUCACCUCCACCACCAGUCAAAUCUCCACCGCCACCGUACUAUUACCACUCUCCACCUCCUCCGGUGAAAUCUCCGCCACCACCGUACUAUUACCAUUCUCCCCCACCUCCCGUAAAAUCUCCACCGCCACCGUACUAUUACCACUCACCACCUCCUCCUCCGAAAUCUUACCCACCACCAUAUUAUUACCACUCACCACCUCCUCCUCCAAAAUCCUACCCUCCACCGUAUUACUACCACUCUCCGCCACCGCCGAUGAAAUCACCUCCACCACCAUACUAUUACACAUCUCCCCCACCACCGAAGGAAACUUACUCUCCACCUUACUACUACAAAUCCCCACCACCGCCUCCAAAAUCAUACUCUCCUCCUUACUAUUACAAAUCUCCUCCUCCGCCGGUUCCUUACCAUACGUACCCUCACCCUCACCCUCACCCUCACCCUCACCCUCACCCACUUGUCUUUAAGGUUGUGGGUAAAGUGUACUGCUUCAGAUGCUACGACUGGGCUCACCCCGAGAAGUCCCACGACAAGAAGCACCUCAAAGGCGCGGUUGUGGAGGUGACGUGUAAAGCCGGAGACAAGACAGUGAAAGCUUACGGUAAAACGAAGAUCAACGGUAAAUACGCAGUUACCGUCGAAGGAUACGAUUACCGCAAAUACGGAGGCGAAGCAUGUACAGCGAAGCUUCAUGCGCCGCCGAAGGGUUCGCCGUGUAAUAUGCCGACGAGUUACCAUUGGGGUAACAAAGGAGCGAAACUUAGGGUGAAAUCUAAGACAAAAUACGAGGUUGUACUUUACGCCAAGCCCUUCGCUUAUGCACCGGAGAAACCGUACGAGGAAUGUCACAAGCCCGCUCCUUAUCACCCUCCCUAUUAUUACAAGUCUCCACCUCCGCCAUCUCCGAUUUACGUCUACAAAUCUCCGCCGCCGCCACCGGUGCAUUAUCCGGCUCCUUACCACCCGCCGUAUUAUUACAAAUCUCCACCACCACCAUCUCCGAAAUAUGUCUAUAAAUCUCCGCCGCCGCCACCGGUACAUUAUCCGGCUCCUUACCACCCGCCGUAUUACUACAAAUCUCCACCACCACCAUCUCCAAAAUAUGUCUACAAAUCUCCACCACCUCCUCCUGUACAUUACCCCGCUCCUUACCAUCCACCGUACUAUUACAAAUCUCCACCGCCACCGAUGAUGUCUCCUCCUUACUAUUACAAAUCUCCACCACCACCGAUGAAGUCUCCUCCUUACUACUACCACUCCCCACCACCACCAGUAAAAUCUCCACCACCACCGUACUAUUAUCAUUCACCACCUCCUCCGGUCAAAUCUCCUUCGCCUUAUUAUUACCAUUCACCACCACCACCGGUAAAAUCUCCACCACCUCCAUACUAUUACCACUCUCCACCACCUCCGGUGAAAUCUCCUCCUCCCCCAUACUACUAUCAUUCUCCACCUCCUCCGAUGAAAUCUCCUCCGCCACCGUACUACUACCACUCUCCCCCACCACCGAUCAAAUCUCCCCCACCUCCAUAUUACUACCACUCUCCUCCACCACCGGUCAAAUCUCCACCGCCUCCUUAUUACUACCACUCACCUCCACCACCGGUCAAGUCCCCACCGUCUCCCUACUACUACCAUUCUCCCCCACCUCCGGUCAAGUCUCCACCUCCUCCAUACUAUUACCAUUCACCCCCACCACCGAUGAAAUCUCCUCCACCACCUUAUUACUACCAUUCUCCACCACCACCGGUGAAAUCCCCUCCACCACCUUAUUACUACCAUUCACCACCUCCACCGGUAAAAUCUCCUCCACCUCCAUAUUAUUAUCACUCUCCCCCACCACCGGUAAAAUCUCCACCACCUCCAUACUAUUAUCAUUCACCACCCCCACCGGUAAAAUCUCCACCACCUCCUUACUACUACCAUUCACCACCUCCCCCAGUGAAAUCUCCGCCACCUCCGUAUUAUUACCACUCUCCACCCCCACCGGUAAAAUCUCCACCACCUCCUUACUACUACCAUUCACCACCUCCACCAGUAAAAUCUCCACCUCCUCCAUAUUAUUACCAUUCACCACCUCCACCGAUGAAAUCCCCACCACCGCCGUACUACUACCACUCUCCUCCACCACCGGUAAAAUCCCCACCACCUCCUUACUACUACCAUUCACCACCUCCACCAGUAAAAUCUCCACCUCCUCCAUAUUAUUACCAUUCACCACCUCCGCCGGUGAAAUCCCCACCACCACCGUACUACUACCAUUCUCCUCCACCGCCAGUAAAAUCCCCACCACCACCGUACUAUUACCACUCUCCCCCACCUCCGGUGAAAUCUCCUCCUCCUCCAGUCUACAUGUACGCAUCUCCACCACCUCCCACACACUAUUAGGCUCAACCCAUUCAAGCAAGUUUUUCAAUCAUUCAAGUUUGCUUUCAAGAAAUGGAAUAAAGGAAGUGCCCAUGAUGGGAAGAAGUGAACUAGAAGCUCCAUCUCCGAGUUCACCAAAUAAUGGUCCCGUUCUCGCGUCCAAGAACCAUAUAUCUCACACUGCGGACCAAAUCUCUCCCACUUCUAUGGUGGCCAUCUUCCACAUGUUUAUCUUAGUACUGUCUUCAAGUCGAACACAAUUAUGUCUUAUGUCAUCAUCGUCAUGUACUCUUCCUCCGAAGUGUUGGUGAUGAUAAAAAAAAAAAAGGUGUAAUUUAUUUGUUGUGCAUAGAAUUGUAUUUUGUAUAAUCCUUCUUAAUUUGGAGCUUCGUUCGUGUUUUAUGUAUCGAGAGUGAUUAUUAUCAGUAAAAUCUAUGGCUUUUCUCUAUAA